AGCCGGGGCCGUGGCGCCGGCAGCCCCGGGUCCCCGCUGCGCACGGUGCGCACCGCCGGGCUUCCUGAGCAGACCUGCGCUCGGCUGGGGCGCCGCAGACGGCUGGGGAGGGAGGCGUGAAAGAGGACGCGGAGACGCAGGGGCGGCCGUGGAGAGGUGACAAGCUGUGCACCUGGAAAGUUACCCGGCUGUCUGGUCCCUGAGCAAAAUGGGAAAUGGUUCAGUGAAACCCAAGCAUUCUAAGCAUCCAGAUGGCCGCUUGGGAAACUUCACAGCCGAUGCCCUGCGGAGCAAGGUGACAGAGCUGGAGAGAGAACUGAGGAGGAAGGAUGCUGAGAUCCAGGAGCGAGAGUACCAUCUGAAGGAGCUGCGGGAACAGCUGUCGAAGCAGACUGUGGCCAUUGCUGAGCUCACUGAGGAGCUCCAGAACAAAUGCAUCCAGCUGAACAAGCUUCAGGAUGUGGUACAUAUUCAGGGAGGAAGCCUGCCUCAGGCCUCUCCAGAUAAAGUGCCUCUUGAGGUCCACCGGAAGACCUCAGAGUUGGUCUCUCUCCAUAGCCGGAGGGGAGCAAAGGCUGGGGUGUCAGCUGAGCCAACAACCCGAACCUAUGACCUCAACAAACCCCCUGAAUUUUCCUUUGAGAAAGCAAGAGUCAGAAAGGACUCCAGUGAGAAGAAGCUCAUUACAGAUGCCCUUAAUAAGAAUCAGUUUCUGAAGAGACUGGAUCCUCAGCAGAUCAAAGACAUGGUAGAGUGCAUGUAUGGAAGAAACUACCAGCAAGGGAGUUACAUUAUUAAGCAAGGAGAACCGGGAAACCAUAUCUUUGUGCUGGCAGAGGGCCGAAUAGAAGUGUUCCAAGGGGAGAAGUUGCUGUCAUCCAUCCCUAUGUGGACCACAUUUGGGGAACUAGCCAUUUUAUACAACUGUACAAGGACUGCCUCUGUGAAAGCUAUUACCAAUGUUAAAACUUGGGCACUAGAUCGAGAGGUGUUCCAGAAUAUAAUGAGAAGGACAGCUCAAGCUAGAGAUGAAGAGUACAGAAACUUCCUCAGAAGUGUAUCCUUGCUGAAGAAUUUACCUGAGGAUAAAUUAACCAAGAUCAUUGACUGCUUGGAAGUGGAAUACUACGACAAAGGAGAUUACAUCAUUAGAGAGGGGGAGGAAGGAAGUACCUUUUACAUUUUAGCAAAAGGAAAGGUGAAAGUCACACAGAGUACAGAAGGCCACGAUCAGCCGCAACUGAUAAAAGUAUUACAGAAAGGAGAAUACUUUGGAGAAAAAGCUCUUAUCAGUGAUGAUGUCAGGUCAGCUAACAUUAUUGCUGAAGAAAAUGAUGUCGCAUGCCUGGUUAUCGAUCGAGAAACAUUCAACCAAACGGUGGGGACAUUUGAAGAACUCCAAAAAUACCUUGAGGGGUAUGUGGCAAACUUGAACCGUGAUGAUGAAAAAAGACAUGCAAAGAGGUCCAUGUCUAACUGGAAGCUGUCCAAAGCACUCUCUCUGGAGAUGAUUCAGCUGAAGGAGAAGGUUAAAGUGAAAAAUGAGAAUGUUGCUUUUGCUAUGAAGUGUAUAAAGAAGAAACACAUAGUUGACACUAAGCAGCAAGAGCAUGUCUACUCAGAGAAGAGGAUCCUGGAAGAGUUGUGUUCUCCAUUCAUCGUAAAGUUAUAUCGUACUUUCAAGGACAAUAAGUACGUAUACAUGCUUCUGGAGGCCUGCUUAGGUGGGGAGCUAUGGAGUAUAUUAAGGGACAGGGGCAGCUUUGAUGAACCCACUUCCAAGUUCUGUGUAGCUUGUGUGACAGAAGCAUUUGAGUACCUGCAUCAUCUAGGUAUUAUCUACAGAGACCUGAAGCCAGAAAAUUUAAUUCUAGAUGCAGAGGGUUACCUUAAAUUGGUUGACUUUGGGUUUGCAAAGAAAAUAGGAUCUGGACAGAAAACAUGGACAUUCUGUGGGACCCCAGAAUAUGUAGCUCCUGAAGUCAUUCUCAACAAAGGACAUGACUUCAGUGUGGAUUUUUGGUCCCUGGGGAUUCUUGUGUAUGAGCUCCUCACUGGCAACCCACCCUUUUCUGGUAUUGACCAGAUGAUGACCUACAAUUUGAUUCUCAAAGGUAUUGAAAAAAUGGAUUUUCCCAGAAAGAUAACAAGACGACCUGAAGAUUUGAUUCGGAGGCUUUGCAGGCAAAAUCCAACAGAACGUCUGGGAAAUCUGAAGAAUGGCAUCAAUGACAUUAAGAAACACAGGUGGCUAAAUGGUUUUAACUGGGAGGGACUGAAAGCACGGAACCUUCCGUCACCUUUAAAAAGAGAGCUCAGUGGACCCACAGAUCACAGCUACUUUGACAAGUAUCCCCCCGAAAAGGGAGUGCCUCCAGAUGAGCUGUCAGGCUGGGAUAAAGACUUCUGACGGAAGCAAAGAUGAUUACUGCAUAUUCACUAUGGAAGAGGACUAUAUGGAUCAAUAAUCCAACUCUGAUUAUUUCUCUCUUUGGAGUAUUACAGUAGCUUUUGGAAGACCAUUAGGGGAAAAUAAAUUCCUGUCCAUGAGUUGAGGGUAGUUCUGAGUUAUAAUGUCCCAUCUAGAUGUUGUUAAUUAUUCAUGUGUUCAAUUUUUUGUUUUUCUCAAAUGUUGAUCGCUAUUCCAUUCCCCUCCUCACGGUCAUAACUAUUUUUGUUGAAGAGGCAUAGUUUUCUCUGCAUUCUAUUGCUCCAUCUCAGUCAUACUCCUCUCCUUUGCGACCUAAUAAGGUUUAAAAAGGUCUCGCUGUUGAGCAACUAAGUCAUGUACAUAGAAAGAAGAUUAAGGGUGAAUUUUGGAAGGUUUCCCCAGCUCUCAAAUCUCCAAGUAAGCAUUAUGGCAUUUUAAAAUGGUGGCUUGCUGAAAUCUUGGCAAUAAAUAGAGACUCUUGACCUUCACCUGCAUUCAGCCUAGAAAUAUACUCGUGUCAUCCUAUCCCCAGACACCUGGGGAAGGUGCUACCUGUUUCUAAAGUAAAUGAGUUAAUUAUUUCAACCAGGUGAUUAUAUGCUAUUGGGGAAUUUAGGGAAAAAAUGCUUUUUCAUUCUCCUAUGACCAUCUGUGAUACCUCAAAGACUUUUCGAAAACUUUGUUAAAGGUGGUUAUGAUGUGUAGUUAAAUGAUGGGACUUUGGAAAGAUUUUAACUUAUAUACUAAAGCUUUCCAAAACAAAAUACAACACAUAGAGGAACAAAUUAGGAAAGCUUUUCCUUCCCCUUAAAUACAGAGAAGAAUGAAUUCUAAGAGGCAAACUUGCUGACUCUUUGAAACCCUGAGGUAUUUUCCCAAUUCUGUGAUUGUUGUUAUUAAUAAACCAAAAGAGUAUAGAAUAACCACAGUUAAUUUUUAAUGAAAACCUCAUUGGUGAAUGUUGAUGCACUAUAAUCACUGCUGAGUUAAGAACUCUUUUUUAAGACAUUUGGGUCAUGACUGUGUUUAUAAUUCUAGAUUGCUAAGAUAGGCAAGCCGCUGGAGAACUCUGGAGAAAUCAUAGGAAGUAAAAGGGUCAUCUAGUAUCUACCUUCCUCCUGUCUCCUCCUUGCAAUCUUCCAGAAUAAAGAUAGGGUAAUUUCAACAGCACUGGGAGCCAGUGCCUAAGAACUUUACUAGUGGAUUUUUUUUUUUUUUUAAAUAUGUAUUGACCAUGAUCAUCUCCUCCACUUCCCUUCCAAAAUGGAUGGGAGGCAGAGUUUUCUCUAUAUCUUUCUUUUUUUAAUUAGUAAUACUUUAUUGUGUUUUCAGUCAAAAUUUGCACAGCAAAUCAGAUUUCCAUUUAAUAAUUACUGCACAAAUUGUUCAGUAAUGUUGGUUACAUUUUUGACAGUGUGUCCACAUUCUCAUUAAUUCCAUUCUGGAUGUUUUAUUUCUGGUACUUUGGUUUCCCUGCCUCCUUACCCUUUCAUCUUUCAUCUUUCCUUAGAGUACUUGUUCACCAUUUGGUCUCAUAUAGAUGAUUUUUUAAGGAUGUCAAGUACUCACUGGUGAGAGUUUUAUUUUGUAAGCCAAUCUGUUAUUUAUCUAAAAGGUGACCUCAGGGGGUAGUUUCAGUUCAGGGUUUAUCGAGUAUCUC